AUGUGCCAUUACAGGCGCCUCGUCUACGCCUGCCACCACUUUAUUACGGGCCCCUGCAUGGGCUUCUGCGACGCGCAGCACCGCCGCGAGACCGAGGCCGACCUCAAGGGCGAGAAGGCGGCGCCGUGCGGCCACUUUUCCUUUCACCCGCUGCACUCAAUCAGCACCACGCACCUCUGCCAACCGUGCGAGUCGGAAAAGAAGGUGACGGAUGCUUUGAUAUCACGCGCCCGCUAUAUUCUGGCGGGAUUGCGCACGCGGAUCGGACAGAAGAGCGAGGAAGAGGGAAAUGGUGCGGAAGAGGCAAGUGUCUGUUCCCUUGAUAUUGCAGACGCCAUAGCCAGGGAUGGAUAUCUAGGUUGA